CUUACCUGGUAAGUCAGGGUAAUGCUUCCCCAGGUCCUCUAGCAAGGAUUCAUAGCAGGUGGCUUCAGAGUUUUCUUCUCCUGCCAGCAGAAUGGAGAAAUGGAUUAGUUUCUCUCCUGGCUGUAAACUGAAGGCUUGUAACUGGGGCAGGUCGUUCUACCCAGGAAAAGUUCCUUCUCCCCUGAAGCAGCCCUUGGACAAAGGCUCAGCUCUAACUCUUCAUCCAAGCUGGCUUCUGCCUCCUGGGACCUGUGCUGUGUCCAAGUGACUGCUGAACAGAGCCCUCUCCAAAGCUCCCCCAGAGCAGGCCCUUCCUGCUCCAGAGGCUGAGCUGUGCUGUCUGGACAAGGAACUUACGGACAACUCUGAUGAGGAUGUAGCGCUGCCUUCCCUGGAGUGCCCACGGCAUCACCCUGGCUUUGUGCAGCACCCCAGACCCUCUCUGAAACAGCCUCCCUUCCUCUGCCUCCUGCCAUGGCCCUGGGCUUCACCGUGCUGCUCCUGGUGGGGAUGCUGGGCACAGCUUCCAGGGCUCAGCCCGUGCUGACCCAGCCGCAAUCCGUGUUCGUGCUGCCCGGGCAGACCGCUCGGCUGUCCUGCACCCUGAGCCCCCAGUACAACAUCACCCAGUUCGGCAUCUCCUGGUACCAGCAGCGCCCGGGGCACUCCCUCAGGUAUCUGCUCUACUACAACUCCGAGCGAGACAAGCACAAGCCUGCCAAGACUCCCGACCGCUUCUCAGCCACCAAGGACCUGGCCAGCAAUGCCUGCAUCCUCACCAUCGCAUCUGCCUGCCAGGAUGACAACGGCACCUAUUACUGCUCCCUGUCACCUGCCCUCAAAUGGCUCUAGGAACGGGGAACUAAAGCUUUCCGCGCUUUCCUCGGCCACCCUGAUGCGCAGGGAGAGCAGCAGUCCUGGGAGGGAUGGGAAAAAUCCAUCUUUGCAUGCUUGAGCAGGCCCGGCAGCGCUGCCUCGUGCUGGGGGGUGCAGCAACCUCCUCUUUAUCCCCAAGCUUUGUCCUCCAUGGGGGAGUCAGACAGCCCGAUACGUCCUGCUGCAGCGGGAGCAUGGAGGGCUCGGCUGUGGCCUGGCUUUCCUGGGGUCUUCCAGCACCUGGCACGAGGCGGUCUCGACCUGGCUGGGGCUUCCGCAGAGUUUUGCUCACCUGCUAAUAAAGGUUAUUCCUCACC